AAAGCUAAUCCCAGUUCCUCCUCUACUAAAUCCACCACUCCUCUCUCUUCUUCCAUUUCAACAAAGCGCUCACACUGAGCUAAAAACCAGCUCUGGAACCUAAAAUCCCAUACCGAAAGUACAACAAAUAUUUUUAACUUCUUCUCCUCCUCUUCCCCCUCCCUCCCGUGAUGCUCCUUACAUUGUUUUCUUUCGCUCAUCUUUGAAGAGAGAAACAGAGAGACUCGGACCUUGCCAGCGAGAUCAUGGUGGCGGCCAUCCCGCCGCCGGUGGCGGCAACCCCCAUCGCCGCCACCGCCACCUCCACUGUCCGAGCCCCCAAAGGGCCCUCCCCAUCCCCCCACCGUCGCCGCCCCCUCGCCCCCUCCGAGAAGGACAAUGCCGCCAUUUCCCGGAAACCACUCUCCAAAGAGAUCUCCUCUCGCUAUUUGUCUCCCUCCUCUUCUUCUACUUCGACUUCGGCUUCACGGCGUUUCCUUUCUCCUCUACCCACACCGUCCAGCUCCGGCCCCAAGCGCUCCAACUCCGUCGACCGGAGCCGCCCCAGCGCGGCCGCACACGGUGGCGAAGACGUCCCUUCCGCCGCCGCCAGGGCCCUCCGCACCACCACCCGGAGCCUUUCCGUCUCCUUCCAGGGCGAGUCCUUCUCCUUCCAAACCAGCAUGGCCAAGCCCGCUGCCUCCCCUUCCCCCUCUCGGAAGCCCACCCCCGACCGCCGGCGUCCCGCCGGGGCUUCGGCGAGGAGCGACCACCUGACGGAGAACUCGAAACCCUUAAACCACCGCCUCUGGCCGGCGGCGAGAGCCCAGCAGUCGAACCAGCUGCUGACGAGAAGCCUGGGCUGCUCGCCUGUUGGUGGCAAGAAAGAUCCCGUCUUGGAUGCUGUCCGGCUACUGCGACAGUCAAUGGUGCUCGACGAGGCGCUGCGGCAGGACUCCUUCAACAUCGGCGGCAAUGGCAAUCUCUCUGCCUCGUCCGACACCGAUAGUGCCUCGUCGGAGAGCAACUCAGGCUCGCAGGAGCUGACCAUUCCUCCUCGGGCACGGCCGGCACCCCGUGGCAUAAGCAUUCCAGCGAGAUUUUUCCAGGAGACCAAUAGCCGGCUACGCCGGUUGCCGGAGCCAGGCACGCCGAUAUCAUCAACCGGCACAAGGACAGCGUCCACUCCUAAGCCUGUUACUGUGAAGAAGUCAUUGAUAAAUGGCCCGUUGUCAUCUCCUGCUUUUGCUUCUUCCCCUCGCCAUGGAUCUAUUAGGCAUCCUUCUCCAUGCAAGCUUUCAGCUACUUCAUCAUUGAGGGAAGUGGGUAGUCCUUCACAAGUGAGGAAUGGUACAGUUGCCAGCUCCUCCUCCCCUGGUCUGGGCAAAGCCCCUUCGAUCCUAAGGUUCGCAACCGAAGUGAGGCGAGGGAGAAAGGGGGAGAGCCGAAUUGAAGAGGCACACCUGUUAAGGUUGUGCUAUAACCGGCACUUGCAGUGGCGGUAUGUCAAUGCACAAGCCGAUGCUACCCUGUCGGCGCAGGGACUGAAUGCUGAGAAAUAUUUGUAUAAUGCGUGGAUAACUACCUCAGAACUUCGUGACUCUAUCACAACCAAAAGGCUAGAGCUACAAGUAUUGACACAGAAUUUAAAGCUUAAUUCCAUUCUCAAGGGGCAAAUGGCCUAUCUAGAAGAAUGGCCUCUUAUAGAUGGAGACCAUUUCAGUUCUUUGUCAGGAGCUAUUGAAGCAUUGAAGGCUAGCACACUCCGGCUUCCAGUUGUUGGUGGAGCAAAGGCAGAAUUCCAAGAUGUGAAGAAUGCUGUUGGUUCAGCAGUUGAUGCAAUGCAGGCAAUAGGAAACUCAAUAUGCUCCUUGCUGUCUAGGGUAGAAGAGUCGAGUUCUGUCACGACUGAACUUGCUAAAGUUGCGGCACAAGAACGAGCUUUAAUGGAUAAAUCCAGAGAGCUUUUAUCCACAGUAGCAGCAAUGCAUGUAAAACAAUGUAGCCUGCUAGGGCAUACAAUACAACUAAGUCCAAGGCCAAGGAUGAUGCAAAUAUAGCAUGAUAUGCUAAUCAUAUUUGCACUCACUAACAGCAUAGCGACCUUUCUUUUCGUAACUUGAGAUUGCGGUGAAGGCAAUAAAAAUUGUUGUUUUGUCUGGUGCGAGGCAAGUGUUUUAACAUAGUGCUUUCCUAGAUCAGCUGAUUCAUACAUAUUUUUGUAUGCAUAGAUUGCCGUGUGAAUGGGUUGUAUACUUUUUAGGGAUUGCUCUGGUUGUAUACGGAUAUCAUUUUCUUUACUGAUCAAAGGAAAGGUGAUGUAAAUAUAUGAUGUUUUUCUUGUUUCCCUUCCUGUGUGGUUGGUUGAGGGGGAAAUCAAACAUCUAUCAGUUAAAAGUGAUUUUUGUUAAUGUGUUUUUGUGGAUUUUUUGAGGUAGUUGAGUGGUUUAGAUUGUGCUGUGUUUUGCAUCUUCAAUUUGGUUAUGGUCAUUUUGUACCAUAUGAUGGACUUGAUUCCUA